GGGAUGAGCGAGGAGGGGGCGGGCGGGGCCCGGCGGAGCGGCGGCGCCUUCCCCAGCCUGGAGCAGAUGGUGGCGGCCAGCCCCGGCAAGACGCCCAUCAGCCUCCUGCAGGAGUAUGGCACUCGCCUAGGCCGCACCCCGGGCUACGACCUGCUCAAGGCCGAGGGCCAGGCGCACCAGCCCAACUUCACCUUCCGCGUCACGCUCGGGGACAUCAGCUGCACCGGGCAGGGUCCCAGCAAGAAGGCGGCCAAGCACAAGGCGGCCGAGGUGGCCCUGAGGCUGCUCAGAGGGGGGGGGGCCAUGCUGGAGCCCCUGGAGCACAGCUCUCCGUUCCCCCCGGAGCCCCCCACAGAGCCCGGCCCCGCCGCGCCCCCCCCGGCCCCGCCCGCGGCCCCGCCCGCGCCCAGGUAAGGGGGGCCCCGGGCCCCCCCCCUGGAGAUGAAGGCGCCGGUGUCCCCCCCCCAGGCCGAGUGUAACCCCGUGGGGGCUCUGCAGGAGCUGGUGGUGCAGAAGGGCUGGCGCCUGCCCGAGUACACGGUGACGCAGGAGUCGGGGCCGGCGCACCGCAAGGAGUUCACCAUGACGUGCCGGGUGGAGCGCUUCGUGGAGAUCGGCAGCGGCACCUCCAAGAAGCUGGCCAAGCGCAACGCGGCCGCCAAGAUGCUGGUGAGGAUCCACAACGUGCCCAUGGAGCCGCGCGACGGCAGCGAGGCCGAGGGCGAGGAGGACCAGUUCAACAUGGCGUGCCCGCGGCUGGAGGGGCUGCGGGGCCGCGCCCCCGGCUGCACGUGGGACGCGCUGCGCAACUCGGCGGGCGAGAAGCUGGGCCAGCUGCGGGGCCGGGGCGGCAGCGCCGCCGCAACGGGGGGCGCCUGCGCGCUGCUGCAGGAGCUCUCGGAGGAGCAGAGCUUCGCCAUCAGCUACCUGGACAUCGACGCGCUGAGCCUCAGCGGGCUGCACCAGUGCCUGGUGGAGCUCUCCACGCAGCCGACCACGGUGUGCCACGGCUCGGCCCCGUCCCGCGACGGCGCCCGCGCCCAGGCGGCCCGGAACGCGCUGCAGUACCUGCGCAUCAUGGCCGGCGGCAAGUGAGCCCCGCGGGGCAGCGAGGGCUGCCCGGGCAAUCCAGCCCUGCCCGGGGCAAUCCAGCCGUG